AUGCUCGGCGCGCCGCUGCCGAAUUGCUCGGUCGUCUUCUUCCACCACGUCGAAAAGACUGCAGGCACGACGCUGCGUGCCCUCUUCCAGCGGCACGCGCAGCUUGGUCUCUUCGACCUCAUCAGCUUUGUCGGCCGGCAGAAUCGGCUGCAGCUCCAGCUCGUGCUCCAGCGGCUGCACUCGCUGCUUCGAUCCGGCACGCUGCAAGGCCUGAGGCUGGCGGUGGAGCUGCACGUGGCUGGCGACCUCACCUUUCCAUACACGCUCUAUUACACCAUGCCCGACCUCGUGCUCAUCCGGGAGCAGGCGAGAGACACCCUAUCGCCGCUCUGCGUGUGGCCGCCCGCACCGGACUGCGGCACCCGCAUGGCCCUCGGCUCCGACCCCGGCCAGGGCGCGCCGGCCUCCAGCGGGGAAGAGCUCCUGUUCGUGUUUGGAUCACUGUUCUUGCUGUAUUGCGCAGGGGCGGAGGGGAUGUGGCGCCUCUUCGACCUCGUCGGCGUGACGGAGAUGUUCGACGAGUUUGCGCGCCUCUCCACCGCCCAGCUCGGCCGCCGGCUCAAGAAGCUGUCCGCCGCCAACGAGGCGCUCUCGGCGCGCGCCGUCAGGCAGGAGAGGAAGCUUCGCGGCGCCCGCUCCGCCCUCGCCUCCUGCGUCGGCUGCUCGGGGGACGUCGUGCCUGAGUUUGACCUCGGCGGCUGCUGGCCGCUCUGGGAGCAGUUUGCCCCCGACGAGCGGCGCUUCCAGUGCUCGCGCACGUGGACGACCGACCCGGCCUAUCGCGACCCCGCCGUCCGGCCCGGCUACCGCGAGAAGCCCUCCGUCCUGCACACACCCAUGGCUUGCUGGCGCACCUGCUGGACGCCGACGGGGCUCGUGGCAGCGAACGAGAUGCGACACAGGACACACGCGGGCGACACGGCCCACUGCACCGCGCCGUGCCCCGCUGCCGCCCCGUUGCCGCUCGAAUGGCGGGCGGAGUGGGACCGUGAGCUCGCUGCCUCCGCUGCGCGGCCAGGCGCCAGCCAGGACCUCGCCGCCCUUGCCGCGCCGUUCCGAGCGCGCGCACGGGGUGGGUGGCACUCGAGCUACCUGACGAGGCAGAUCUUCCGCGUGUUUUGA